GAAAAAGAUGACUACAAGGAAGAAGGAAGUCGAAUGUGGGUUUUCAAAUAACUGAUAGUGGUCGAAUAUAACAACAAAAUUGAUCAGUUGUGUCUUGUUCGAGGCACUCUGUUGGAAAGAGUUUGAGUUGUUGGAUAUGAGUUGUUGAGAGAAAGAGAAGAGGAAACAUUUAAUUUUUUUUUUAAAACUAAUAUUGUUUGAGAAAUGAUUGAUCCUUUUAUUUUUAUUAUACAAUUAUUAAAUUAGACUUGUGAAUUGAUUUGUAUUUUAAAAAAGAUUAUAAGUUUUGAAAAUGUUAAUUUGAUCUUAAUUAUUUUAAUUAAUUUUGUAAAGGAUUUUGACCCUUGGCUUUGGUUAUAUCACCAUUUAAAUAGACUUAAAAUACUCUUUUGUUCAAUUUUCAAAAUAUUCUGUGGACUCCGACUGAGUUAUUUUGGCAUUGGAUUCAGUAGAAGAGGUAUCCGUGAUCACUAGUGAAAAAAUGGAGAGCUCGGGUGAACUGGUGCCUUUUCCAUUGCUAAUGACACCGAUUGAAUCAAAUUACCGAACAUGUACCAUUCCUUACAGGUUCCCUUCCGAUAAUCCAAAAAAGCCAACCCCUACUGAGCUUUCCUGGAUCUACCUUUUUAUGAAUUCCAUCCCUUCUUUUAGGAAGAGGGCCGAGAGUGAUGACACUGUUCCAGAUGCUCCUUUGCGAGCCGAAAAGUUUGCUCAGAGGUAUGCUGAAAUACUUGAGGAUAUAGAGAAAGAUCCUGAAAGUCAUGGAGGGCCUCCUGAUUGCAUUCUUCUUUGUCGUCUUAGAGAGCAAGUGCUUAGGGAAGUGGGGUUCAGAGAUAUAUUUAAAAAGGUCAAGGAUGAAGAAAAUGCUAAGGCUAUAUCCUUAUUUAAGGAUGUAGUAUGUCUUAAUGAUGCUAUUGAGGAUGAAGCCAAGCGUGUAGAGAAUUUGGUCAGAGGAAUUUUUGCAGGAAAUAUAUUUGAUCUUGGCUCCGCAAAGCUUGCAGAACUGUUUUCAGAGGAUGGGAUGUCGUUUCUAGCUAGUUGCCAAAACCUUGUCCCCCGACCCUGGGUCAUUGAUGAUUUGGACAUUUUCAUUAAAAAAUGGAGCAAAAAAACAUGGAAAAAGGCUGUAAUCUUUGUUGAUAAUUCUGGUGCAGAUGUUAUUUUGGGUAUUUUGCCAUUUGCUAGAGAAUUACUUCGUCAUGGAGUACAGGUUGUUUUGGCUGCUAAUGACUUACCUUCUAUCAAUGAUGUUACUUAUCCUGAGUUAGUAGAUAUUAUAUCGAAGUUGAAAGAUGAGCAUGGGAAGCUCAUAGGCGUUGACACGUCCAAUCUUUUAGUUGCCAAUUCUGGUAAUGAUUUGCCGGUUAUUGAUCUUACAACGGUAUCUCAGGAGCUGGCAUACUUGGCAAUUGAUGCUGACCUCGUUAUUUUAGAAGGCAUGGGCCGUGGAAUAGAGACAAACCUGUAUGCUCGAUUUAAAUGUGAUUCUCUCAAGAUUGGAAUGGUAAAGCACCCAGAGGUUGCCCAGUUUCUUGGAGGAAGGCUCUAUGAUUGUGUCUUCAAAUUUAAUGAAGCUUCAAGUUAAAAACAGUUUAGCUUUCGACUAUAUCAGUUCUUUCUAGUGGACAUUUAGACAAACCCCAACAAAUUGAAGAUGAUGGUACUGAAAAUGAUCUCAAGUUCUUGAAGGUUGGAUUGCAAAUGAAGCACCUGUGUUGUUGCUUCCUUGUGCUUGGGUACAAACUAUGCGGAUAGAGUUAGAUUCAAGAUUUAAAUUUUAUGGAUUCAUCCUUUAAGAUUCUUACCAUUGAGCUCAUUGUAUUUCUACAAUUAUGUGUUCAAAACUACCAUUUGUUGCUGUUUCAAUAAAUUUUUUUACAUAAAUUUA